GUAACAGACCAUCUGAUGCCAAAAUGGCUUAGAGAGGUGGCUUUGUGAGGGCAUGGAGGAAACCCCCCCCCUUUUUCUUGCUCUGAAAAUAACUCAGUAGCUACAAGGUCUGAGAGACCGAGUCUCAUUGUUCUUAGCCAAACGAUUAUUUGUCAAAAUAUUUGACUGUUUCCCUAUUGCUGCUGCGAAGUUUGGACUUCUCUUUAUGCUCCAUCUCCACACUAAGAUUUUUAAGUCUAAGCACUAUUGUGUUUACAGUAUUCAAGGCUUCAGAGUGCAAAGGUUAUCCAUUAACAUGUAGACUGAGGCUACACUUCGGUUUAGCCUCAAUCUCCAUCCACUUUACUUGCUCAGAGUUUUCUUUGUUUGUGUCAAAGCUUGCCCCCCCCCAUCGUUUUUUGGGACAAAGUUAAAUGAAGUCUACUGCUUAUGAAUGUUUGAGCUGUUGCGUGUAGAGUGUGAAUAUUUAUAUGGCUUUAACCAAUACUUUAAAGAAAGAUAAUAAUUUGUCGUGAGAGAAGGAACCGUAGUACUAAAAAUGAUCGAUAUCUUAUGGACUUGAAUGAGAAUCAGGGCUGGCUUAAGGAUCUACUUCCAGCGCUGCUAAUUAAUUGUGAAGUUUGGAAGUCCCUUGUCUUCACAUUGCCGGGAUCAACGUCUUGCUCAACUGAGCCACUCACCCAAUGGAGACAGACAGAACUAGUGUCCUUGUGCUGACUCACAUCUGAAUCACAGCACAGGGCAGCCAUCAGACUUGGUUUGUGCAAAGACCCAUCUCCAUCACCAAGUUUGUCCUAAACUCCGGAAUACACGUGCCCCUCUGAACUUUAGUUACAAGCCCAGGGCUCCUGGAGGUUUGAGUGACGUCUCACAAGUGGCCUUAUUCUAACUCCAGAGUUUCCCCAGCAGUCGGCUGGACUGUCCCUUCUAUCUGACCCUGAAGUGGCAGGCAGCAUGCCAACUCAGUCACUCCUCGUGUACAUGGACGGGCCGGAAGUCAUUGGCAGCUCUCUAGGCACCCAGGUGGAGGUGGAUGAUGCUGUGUCCAUCAAAGGGCCAGCUGCAGUCCCCUUCCGAGCUGCGCAGGAGAGGAGCAUUACCCCAGCUGAAGGGCACAUGCCCCUGGACUGCAUGUUCUGCAGCCAAGUUUUUUCCCAUGCAGAAGACCUCAGUCAGCAUGUACUCAUGCAGCACCGGCCCAUCGUCUGCGAGCCAGCCGUCCUGCGUGUGGAGGCUGAGUACCUAAGUCCUCUUGACAAAGGUCAGGUGCCGACAGAACCACCGAAGGAGAAGAACUGCAAAGAGAAGGAAGAGUUGAGCUGCGAUGUGUGUGGGCAGACAUUCCCAGGGGCUUUUGACGUUGAGAGCCACAUGAAGAAACACAAGGACUCCUUCACAUACGGGUGCAACAUGUGCGGGAGAAGGUUCAAGGAGCCGUGGUUCCUGAAGAACCACAUGCGGACACACAAUGGCAAGUCUGGUACCAGGAGCAAGUCGCAGCAGGGCCUGGAGAGUCCUGUCACCAUCAAUGAAGUGGUUCAGGUACAUGUAGCUGGGAGCAUCUCCACCCCCUACAAGAUCUGCAUGGUUUGUGGCUUCAUCUUCCCGAAUAAGCAGAGCCUCAUUGAGCACAGUAAGGUUCAUGCCAAAGAAUCUGCCUCCAGUGCCAGUAGCACAGCCCCUGAUGCCCAGCCAGAGGGGGAACCCACAUCUCCGAGGGACGAGCUGCUGCAGUGUUUGAACUUGAGACCCAGAUCCCACCCGGAGACUGCAGUGAAGCCCGUCACCUGUAUACCUCAGCUUGACCCGUUCACCACCUACCAGGCGUGGCAGCUGGCCACCAAAGGAAAAGUGGCCGUUGCCCAAGAAGAGGUGAAAGAGUCAGGCCAAGAAGGAAGCACGGACAAUGAGGAUUCGUGUUCAGAGAAAGAGGAACUUGGAGAAAUUUGGAUUGGGGCUAAGUCGGAAGGUUCUGGAAAGUCCAAAACAAAUAGAAGCAGUUGUCCAGGUCUCUCACAAGACAAAGAGAAACCUAGACAUGCCAACAGUGAAGUGCCUUCUGGGGAUGGCGAUCCCAAGUUGCCCAGCAGCAAGGAGAAGCCCACACACUGCUCGGAAUGCAGUAAAGCCUUCAGAACCUACCACCAGCUUGUCCUGCACUCGAGGGUGCACAGGAAGGACAGGAGGGCCGAUGCCCCAUCCCCCACCAUGCCUGUGGAUGGAAGGCAGCCUGGGACUUGCUCCCCAGACCUUGCUGCCACUGUGGAAGAUGGUGGGGCUGUGGACCGAGAAGGCGGCUCUGAAGACGGGUCUGAAGAUGGACUCCCUGAAGGGCUCCAUCUGGAUAAAAAUGAUGAUGGAGGAAAAGCAAAGCCCCUCACGUCCUCGAGAGAGUGUAGUUACUGUGGCAAGUUUUUCCGUUCAAACUAUUACCUCAAUAUUCAUCUCAGAACGCAUACAGGUGAAAAACCGUACAAAUGUGAAUUCUGUGAGUAUGCCGCAGCCCAGAAGACGUCUCUGAGGUACCACUUGGAGAGACAUCACAAGGACAAACAGCUGGCGGACGCUGCGGCCGAGGCUAAAAGCGAAGGUCGGAGCCAGGAGCCGCAGGAAGCACUACUAACUGCCGACAGUGCACAGACCAAAAAUUUAAAGCGAUUUCUCGAUGGUGCCAAAGAUGCUAAGGGCAGCCCACCUGCCAAGCAGCUUAAGGAGACACCGCCGCCGCCUUCUGUCUUCCCGAGUGUUCUGGGCAGCGCCCGCCUCUCACCAGCACACAACAAGGAUACUCAGGAUUUCCAUAAAAAUGCAGCCGAUAGUGGCGAGAAAGUGCGAAAGAGUCCGGCCCCUGCUUACCUGGACAUGCCGAAAAAGAGAGCAGCGGGCGAGCCUCAGGCCAGCAGCAUCCCUGCCUGCAAACUAGAGGGGAGUGGGCCGCUGGCCCGGGAAGGUGGCCAUAGGGAGAAGAUGGAGUGGGAGGCCGACGGCAAAUACAAGCCGGGUGCUGACUGCCAAGACAGGCCUUUGAAUCUGUCCCUUGGGGCGCUCCACACCUCUCCUGCUCUCUCUCUGAGCAAGUGUCUCAUCCCUACCAUCGCCUGCCCCUUUUGUACCUUUAAGACUUUUUACCCGGAAGUUCUGCUGAUGCACCAGAGACUGGAGCACAGGUACAAUCCCGACACUCACAAGAGCUGCAGCAGCAAGUCUGUGCUGAGGAGCAGGCGGACAGGAUGUCCUCCUGCCUUGCUAGGCAAAGAUGUGCCUCCCUUGUCCGGCCUGCACAAGCCCAAGACUAAGCUUGCCUUCUCAUCACAGGCCAAGUCCUUGUUCCUGGAGAAGGCCCGGCAGGGCACCUCCGGGCCAAGCAAAGCUCCCCAGACAUCAGGGCCAGACAACAGCACUUUAGCCCCGAGUAACCUGAAGUCACACAGAUCACAGCCCAGUGCCGGGGGUCCCGGGGCCACCAGACAGCAGCAGGCAGAGCUGUUGCCCAAAGGUGGUGUCUCUGCUGCUACGGAUAAAGUGAAAAGACCCGAGCUGAAGCAUAAGACCCUGCCAGCUGCCCAGUCUCAGUCCCCCCUCGGCAGUAGUAACGGCAAUGGUUCCCUCGAGUAUCCCAUGAAGGUUGACGGCCCGUGGGGGCCGCCAGGGAGAGACUACUACUGCCAUCGGAAUGCUGGCAGCGCCGCAGCUGAGUUCUGUGAGCCGCUUCCCAAAAGACUCAAGUCCAGCGUGGUGGCCCUGGACCCAGAACAUCCUGGACCCAACGGCAGAAGGGGCUUCGAGCUACCCAAGUACCAUGUGGUCAGGAGCAUCACCUCGCUGUUACCAGAGUGUGUGUGCCCAUCGCCUGUGAUGGCCCCGAAAGCCCGUUUCCUGAGCCCUGGGGAGGUGGAGUCCCCCAGUGUGUUGACUGUGCAGAAGCCCUACAACGCCUCCGGACCUCUGUACACCUGUGGACCUGUGGGACACACAGGAGCCAGCCCAGCCCUUGAAGGAAAGAGGCCUGUGUCCUAUCAGCACCUGUCCAGCAGCAUGCUGCAGAAGAGAGGCCAUGAGAACUGUGCUGGAAAUACACAUUAUCGACCAAAUGACAAAAAAACUUGAUUUCUGAUGGUUUCGGGGGGAAAAGGUCUCGCUGAAUGCAAGUUCACACUUUCCACGGAAUCACACUUUGGUUCAUCUUCUGAGAGCACGUGAUGAGAGCUACUGAACAAGCUGUGACUGUAUUGUACAUAGACUCGCAGAGCAGAGAAGAACACUACAUUCUCCUAAGUUCUAUUAACUUUUGUACCAAAUAGCAAUAAAAACUAGUGGGAGCAGUUGGGCUGUACACGAA